AAAAUUGUACACAUUUAUAUCAAUGAAUUUAUGUUUUAAUGAUCUGUUCAUUUAUGCUUUAAAAAAAUUAGAAUUCAGUAACAUGCAUCUGUAAAACCUCGCGUUCUUGAAAGAAAAACUUAUUUAUAAUAGUUGUUAUGGGUAAGAGAUAUUAUUGUGAUUACUGUGACAAAAAUAUGGUUGCUACUCCUGCAAUCAUCCGAACACAUCUUAAAGGCGCAGUUCAUCAGAAAUUGGUCAAUGAACAUUAUCAACAAUAUAAAGAUGCAACUACAAUUUUAAAAGAGGAGGGUACUAAGAAGCCUUGCUUGAGGUUUUUGAAGGGGGAAUGUAAUUUUGGUGGGAUCUGUCGCUUUUCCCAUUAUACUAAGGAACAAAUAGAAGCACUAAGGGAAUAUGUUGCUGUAAAUGAACAAAGAAAGGUUGAACAGAACCAGCCUUCAUUCACGGAGUUAUAUCAGAGGUUACAAAGCGAGAAAACUACAAAGACUACCUCAACAGAGACCACAGUAUAUGAUAAUAAUGGUGUAACUCAUACAUUUCCAUGGAUAUAUAAUGAAUCUUUUGAUAUAUAUGGAGUUAAUUUACCACCAAGUCUUAGAAGAUUUAAAGUUGAAGAUUUUACUAAUGUCAACUUAACUGAAUGGGGCUGAGGGCUUUAAGAAUGUCCUUUACAUGCAAA